GUUGUAACUCGUUUCACAAUAGACCACAAAACUCAGAAGUGAGAAGUUGCAGUGGAGCCAUUCGUCUCUCUCUCGACAAAAUCGAAAGCUCUCUCUACGAAACCUCUCUAAUUGCAUCAUUCAUAGCGUUUAUCAAAGGUCUCAGCUUCAAUUCUCUCCUUCCGAAUCCAUUUCGAAAGCUCAAAGUGAAAUCAAGAUUUCAGAUUUUAUCGGCAAAGGAGCUCUUUUUAUCGCUGGAUCAUGGUUCUGAUCUCUCCUGCUUGAUCUUCGAUUUUCAGAUUUUGAUCUGGCGAAGGAGUAAGCUUUCUGGAAAUCAUAGGGAUUGAGAUUGAUUUUUAGAUCUAGGGAUUGAUGGAAGGGAAGGUGGCUAGACCUAGAGGUAGACCUAGGAAACGCCCUAGGGCAGAGGAUCAGAACGGUGUCUCUAACCGAGGGAAGAGACCGGUUCUGGAGAUUAAACCGGCAGUUCCCAGAUCCUUACUCGGUAGCUACGUGUUGAAAGAGUUUGAUGACAGUAGAGUCUCUCUAGGGAAAGUAGUUUCCUACAGUUCUGGGCUGUACAUAGUUGAGUAUGAGGAUGGUUGUUUUGAGGAUUUGAAAACUUGCUAUCUUCGGAAGUUGAUUAUUGGGGAUGGUUACUUUGAUGAUGAGUUGCGUUGUAGAAGAGGUAAACUCGAUCAUCUUGUAAUGAAGAAGGAAGAAAAGAAGAAAACAGUAAAUGAGAUUGAGGUGGCUACUACAUGUAGUAGUACUAGUAGCUCAGGCUCUGGUGCAGAAGAGUGUGAAGAUAGCAGGGAUCUAGAUAUCGAAACUACAACGUCUCCUCUUGUUCAAGUUCCUCCUGUGGAUUUGCCUUGUUCGUCAGGAACGAUUGGGAUCCCUGAGGAGGCUGUGGUGCAUCUGUUAUCUGUAUACGGGUUCUUAAGAUCGUUCAGUGUUCAGCUGUAUAUCUACCCGAUUGGAUUGGAUGAGUUUGUGGGAGCGUUGAAUUUCUCAGGACCGAAUUCUUUGCUUGAUGCCGUUCAUGUGGCCUUGAUGCAGGCGCUGAAGGUUCAUCUUGAGAGACUCUCAUCACAGGAGUGUGAGGUGGCUUCAAACUGCUUGAGGUGCAUUGAUUGGAGCUUGCUCGAUGCGCUAACUUGGCCUGUUUAUUUGGUUCAGUACUUUUCUGCCAUGGGACAUGCAAGUGGGUCUCAGUGGAAAGUGUUUUCUGAAUUUCUUGUGGAGAAAGAGUAUUAUUCCUUACCCGCAGUGAUGAAGUUGAAGAUCCUGCAAAUUCUGUGUGAUGACGUCUUUGAUGUAGCAGAUAUAAGAGCUGAAAUCGAUACUCGAGAAGAAUCUGAAGUUGGAUAUGAUCCUGAUGGAGUUAAUGCUGAUCUUCCUGAAAGUGGCCCUAGAAGGGUCCACCCUAGAUUUGCUAAAACCUCCGCUUGCAAGGAGAAAGAGCAUAGUGAGUUUGUUGCAAUGAACGAGCCUACAAAUUUGAGUUCAAGACGUACUGAUGGUGGUCUUAACGGAGUCGGCUCAGAUCUGGAUGGAAACAGUGAUGAAUGUAGGCUCUGCGGCAUGGAUGGAACGUUGCUGUGCUGUGAUGGAUGCCCUUUAGCAUAUCACUCAAGAUGCAUUGGCGUGCUCAAAAUGUAUAUACCAGACGGGCCGUGGUAUUGUCCAGAAUGCACUAUUAACAAAUUGGGGCCAGCGAUUACUCAUAAAACGUCACUCAGGGGAGCAGUUUAUUUUGGAGUGGAUCCACAUGGGCGGCUCUUCUUGGGUACAUGCAACCACUUAAUAGUGCUUAAAAUUUAUGUACAUGCGGAUGCAGAUAUCAAAUACUACAGUGUCACUGACAUUCCAAAAGUUGUACUGGUACUUUUGUCUGCAACGAACCAUAGACUGGAAUAUCUGUGUAUAUGCCAAGCGAUCUCAGAAUACUGGGAUCUGCCUGGAGGUGUGAUCUCUCAUUUAAGAGCAGUGGAGGCUAAUUUAGCUCCCAUGCAAAAAGAAGGGGGAGAUGAGGUGUCGUCAGACCUGAUUAAGCCUGAUAAUGCAAGUAGUUCCAGUAAAAAUAAUAUCCAAAAUGCGUUUGGCCUCUGCGCAUCUGCUUCAAGCUAUGCUGGCGGUCCUGUUUUAGGUAGAUCAAGUGGAACACAGGGGAAGAGUUUCGUUCCUGGUGGCAUUACACACAAGGGUUUAUCAUUUAAACCUCAUGCAUACAUUAAUCACUACUCAAAUGGAGAAUUGGCUGCAUCAGCUGCUGCUACGUUGGCUGUCCUAUUGUCAGAGGAAACCCAUGAACCUGAUCAAUCCAAGUUUAGUAAUGCCAAGAAAGCUGCCUCAAGUAACAUCUUGCUACAGGUGAAAGCAUUUUCGUUAGUUGCCUCAAGUUUCUUCUGGCCAAGUCCUGAUAAGAAGGAAAUUACCAGGGAAAGGUGUGGCUGGUGUCAUUCGUGCAAACUCACAUCAGCGAGUAGGAGAGGAUGCAUGUUAAAUGCGGCUGUAACAGGGGCAACCAAAAGUGCUGUGAAAAUAUUUAGUGGCAUUUUUCCUCUGAAGAACGGGGAGGGGGUGCUUUCUAGUAUUGCAGCAUAUAUCCUAUACCUAGAGGAAAGUUUACGUGGUCUCAUUGCGGGACCAUUUCUCAGUGAGAGCCUUAGGAAACAGUGGCGUAAGAAGGUAGAGGAGGCCACAACAUGCAAAGCGAUGAAAGCCCUCCUGCUUGAACUUGAGGAAAAUAUUUGCAGUAUAGCUCUGUCAAGCGACUGGUUUAAACUAAUAGAUGAUUGGCUGAUAGAACAUUCUAUUUUUCAAAGCGCUCGAGUUACUGUUGGGGCUACACAGAAACGUGGACCUGGUAAGAGGAAGCAGAGGAACCAGGCUGAAGUUACUGCCGAGGGUUCUAAUGAUGAUAGCUUUACUUGGUGGCGAGGAGGGAAGUUAUCAAAAGUUAUUCUCCUGAAGGCAGUAUUGUUGAAGCCAAUGAUAAGGAAAGCAGCUUGGCAAGGUGGUCUUAAAAAGUUUCCUGAAUUUAAUUAUGGUGAUGGCUCUUACAUUCCUAAAAGAAGCAGACGGUCAAUGUGGAAAGCUGCAGUUGAAAGUAGCAAAAACAUUUCUCAGCUUGCUCUUCAGGUUAGAUACCUGGAUAUGAAUAUAAGAUGGAGUGAACUUGUACGCCCAGAACAAAACUUACAAGAUGUUAAAGGUCCCGAGACAGAGGCCGCUGUUUUCAGGAACGCUAGUAUAUGUGACAAAAAGAUUAUUGAUAGCAAGGUUAGAUAUGGAGUUGCCUUUGGAAAUCAAAAGCACCUUCCGUCUCGUGUCAUGAAGAAUGUCAUCGAAGUCGAGAAAACUGAAGAUGGAAACGAAAAGUUUUGGUUCGCUGAAACACGCGUUCCCUUAUAUUUGACCAAAGAAUAUGAAGAAAGUUUGCAUAGAGUGGUCCAUGUGCCUUUUAUCAAGAAGCCAUCAAAAAGAAUCUCAAAGCUCCAGAAAAAGCAGCUGAAAGCUUCUCGAGCAAACAUAUUUUGUUAUCUUGCCUCUAGGAGGGACAACACGGUGAAGUGUUCUUGUGCGUCAUGCCAUCUUGAUGUUUUACUGAGGGAUGCAACAACAUGCAGUGCUUGCGGAGGUUUCUGUCACAAGGGAUGUACUAUGAGUACACAACACACAGCUGAGAAGGUUGAUAUUCAUGUAACAUGCAAACGGUGCUACCUUGCAAGAGCUCGUUCACUAAUCAAUAUCAAUCAUAGACAUCCAACAACACCCUCUAUUGUGAUCAAUGGACAACAUCAAAACGCAGUCACUCCAACCAUUAAGACACAGAUUAAGCAGCCUCUUAUUCAACAGUUUCAGUCUUCCAACACACGCGACAACGCUUCAGGAGCUAAACAAAUCACUCCUGAUUGUAAUAAGAGUAAACACAAGACACUGUCUUGGGGAGUCAUAUGGAGAAAGAAGAACUUGGAAGACACAGGUGUUAGCUUCAGACAGCAGCAUAUUCUGUUGGCUGCACAAUCUCAUCAACACAAUUCGGGGCCUGUUUGCUGGAUCUGCAAACUGCCGUAUAAUCCUGGUCUAACAUAUAUUCAUUGUACAAGCUGCGACAGUAAGAACAACUCUGAAUAGCGUACAUUGUCAUUGCCGCCGCCAUUUUGUUCUUACAUUGUCUAACUCCUAGCGUCUGUGUACUUAGUGUAGAUUGAGUUAUACGUUUUAGAAACCGAAUAGAUUAUUCAUAGUACGCCGUCCAUGUGAUGGAACUUGUUA